GGGGGAGGGGCCUAGGGGCGGAGCCUCGCGGACCCCGGGCGGAGGAGAGAAGGUGGGGUGAGGAUGGUGGCGGGGAUCCUAUCGCAUGGAGGGGGUUGCCACCUUGAAGGCCAAGAAGGGCGACUUGUAGGGGCUACAGAGUCAGGAGGGUACCGUGGGGAAGUGGUGGUGUCACCUGAGCUGGGGCCCUAAGGGAGGUCAGACGUUUACAGGGGGAUUCCCCCCGAGUCACUGGGAGUGUGUGUUAGGGUGUGCGCCCCUCUCUCCCAACUCCUGCUGCUUCCCCAUAGCCCUAGUUGGGGGCCCUACUCUUCGGUCCUCCACGCACACUGUGCACACACAUGCACACUUUGCACACACGCACACUGCACUAGGGCAGAGUCGGACCUGCAGGUAGAAGUGCCCCUUUCAGAUGUGCUCACAUUCGGACAAGCACACACCAGCUGGGCACGUAAAGGUGCACAUAUGUACACACCUCCCAAGGACAAGGCUCCCCAAAAGCACAUGUACCCUAAUCUCCUUGUCCACAUAUCCUGUGUGCUAUUUCCUAGAGCUCACCUACCUACCCCUACUUCCAGAUCCAGGCCCCCCUGCCUUUUACUGUGCCCUGCCUUUCCACUCUUUUUUGCCUUCCCUGGCUGGCCUCCAGGUAAAGCCUGAGGAAUUGAGGUGAAAAGUCAGGAUCCCAGCAGAAGGUUGUGUAUAGGGGUGGGGGGAGGUUCCUUAAGCUAGUCAGGAGGGAGGAGAGGUGGGAAAACAGAGACCACCAUGAGAAAUCAAACUCAAUAUUCAUUUAUUACGUGUUAGGUGCCGGCACCAUGGUGGGCACUAGGAAUGAGGCUUGGGCCCUGCCCUAAGAGCACCCAGUCUAGCGGGGAGCCAGACAUGUAAACAACUCACUGGGCCAACUCUGAGACAGAAUGUGCCAAGUACUCUAACAGACAGGCCCCAGGAGAGUACCAAAAAUCGUUUUUCUCUUGACAAAUGGCUGGACUUGGAACGUCUUCCUACCUAUGCCCACCCCACCUCUGCUAUCCCCAUCCUCUCCCCAGCCAGGUGCCUCUGCCCUUUUGGAUACCUUCUCCUGGACUGUCUUCUGCUCAAGGGACCCCAGCCCCCUCCCCUCCAUCCUAGAACAGAAGGAAGGAUGUCAGGGUGCAGGAGGGAGACUCACAAGGGAACCGAGGUCCAGAAUAUGGGGACUGAGAGAGGGCUUGGGGUUCCCUGGGGGCCCUCCUCCAAAGGAGGUGUAUUAGGCUAAUUGUGAGGGUCAGGGAGGUGGAUGGGUCAAAGGGAAUGGCUUCUUUAAAACCUAGGACUGAAAAAAAUCUGGAAUAAGUGAGGGCCUCACUUGUUAAGUGGGGAGGUGAUGUCAGUGGGUCCCUCCUUCUUCCCUGGAACAUCUGGAAGAGUUCUAGGCUGGGGACCUGCCUUCACUGAUGCCUGUCUGUCCUCCCGUCUUCCCCAUCCACACUUUCUCCUGUGUCAUUGCCAUCUUUGUGUCUGUCUUUGGACUCUGCCUCUCUGGGUGCCAUGCCAUCCAUCUGUGUCUUCUUUGCCGCCUGGGCCUGUAUCUCUGGCUCUGAUCCUUCUCUGUCUCUCGGGGUGUCUCUCUUUCUCUGUACUUUCCUGCAUUGGCACUCUGGUCCUCUUUCCUGUCCUCAUGGCUCACUGUGUCACUUUCUGUUUUUAUCUCUGGUCUCCUGCUCCCAUUGUGGUCUUUCCUUUUCUCUCCAUAUCCCUGUGUCUCUGCCUGUCAUCUCUGGUGCUGGCCUCUGCCCCUCCAUCCCUGCAUCCAUCUCUGUGCCUGGUCCUGCCCACUGUCUCACUUCCCACUCAUCUUGGCCCCUCUCCCUGCCCAUCUGAGCAGCAGCGUCCCAUCCAGCCCUCUUUCACCAAGUCCCUCUGCCGUGAAUCCCACUGGAAGUGCCUCCUGCUCUCGCUGCUCAUGUACGGCUGCCUGGGGGCAGUGGCCUGGUGCCACGUCACCACGGUGACGCGCCUCACCUUCAGCAGCGCCUACCAGGGCAACAGCCUCAUGUACCAUGACAGCCCCUGCUCCAACGGCUACGUCUACAUCCCCCUGGCCUUCCUGCUCAUGUUGUACGCCGUCUACCUGGUGGAGUGUUGGCACUGCCAAGCCCGCCAUGAGCUGCAGCACCGCGUGGACGUGAGCAGCGUGCGGGAGCGUGUGGGCCGCAUGCAGCAGGCCACACCCUGCAUCUGGUGGAAGGCCAUCAGCUACCACUAUGUCCGCCGCACCCGCCAGGUCACCCGGUACCGCAACGGAGACGCCUACACUACCACCCAGGUGUACCAUGAGCGCGUUAACACGCACGUGGCGGAGGCCGAAUUCGACUACGCGCGCUGCGGCGUCCGGGACGUGUCCAAGGCGCUGGUGGGGCUGGAGGGCGCGCCGGCCACGCGGCUGCGCUUCACCAAGUGCUUCAGCUUCGCCAGCGUGGAGGCCGAGAACGCGUACCUGUGCCAGCGCGCGCGCUUCUUCGCGGAGAACGAAGGCCUGGACGACUACAUGGAGGCGCGCGAGGGCAUGCACCUCAAGAACGUGGACUUCCGCGAGUUCAUGGUGGCCUUCCCGGACCCGGCCAGGCCGCCGUGGUACGCCUGCUCGUCGGCCUUCUGGGCCGCGGCGCUGCUCACGCUGUCGUGGCCGCUGCGCGUGCUGGCCGAGUACCGCACGGCCUACGCGCACUACCACGUGGAGAAGCUCUUCGGCCUGGAGGGCCCGGGCUCGGCGAGCAGCGCGGGCGGCGGCCUGAGCCCCAGCGACGAGCUGCUGCCGCCGCUCACCCACCGCCUGCCGCGGGUCAACACGGUGGACAGCACGGAGCUCGAGUGGCACAUCCGCUCCAACCAGCAGCUGGUGCCCAGCUACUCCGAGGCGGUGCUCAUGGACCUGGCGGGGCUGGGGGCGCGCUGCGGCGGCGCGGCGGGCGGCGGCUACGCGCCGUCGUGCCGCUACGGCGGGGUGGGCGGCCCGGGCGCGGCGGGCGUGGCCCCGUACCGGCGCAGCUGCGAGCACUGCCAGCGCGCCGUCAGCAGCUCGUCCAUCUUCUCGCGCAGCGCGCUCAGCAUCUGCGCCAGCCCGCGGGCCGGCCCGGGGCCCGGAGGGGGCGCGGGCUGCGGGGGCAGCCGCUUCUCGCUCGGCCGCCUCUACGGCUCCCGGCGCAGCUGCCUGUGGCGCAGCCGGAGCGGGAGCGUCAACGAGGCGAGCUGCCCCACGGAGCAGACGCGGCUGUCCAGCCAGGCCAGCAUGGGGGACGACGAGGACGAUGACGAGGAGGAGGCCGGGCCGCCGCCGCCCUACCACGACGCCCUCUACUUCCCGGUCCUCAUCGUCCACCGGCAGGAGGGGUGUCUGGGCCACAGCCACCGGCCGCUGCACCGCCACGGCUCCUGCGUAGAGACCUCACUGUGACCUCCAGCCGCUGGAGAGGCCCGCGCCGCCCUCCCUCCCUGCGGCUCCUCACCGGACUGUGCUCACUGCGUGAAGCGGGCGAGUCACGAUGGUGACUGGGGCUGUGCUGGGGGGAGGGGACAGGGGAGGGAAGGGUGCACCUCGAUGGGGCUGAGACCCCCGCCGUCCCUGUACAUAAAGAGACAGGUGGGAGGGGAUCCGCAGCUGCCCGAGAAACCGACCCUGUUAGAGUCCUCUCCUCCAGCCCCCCACCCCUUAGUUUCUAAGGGGACACCACCCUUCCCUACACGCACACUCGAGAUGUCCUGUCCGGCCUCUCAAUGGAUCUUCUGACUGUUAUUUGGCAACUGUGCUGUGGCACCCCCGUUGGGCCUCACCUCUGGUGAGCGGCCCUCGCUGUGCAUGCAGCCAGGAGGUUUAGAGGCCGUGGGGAAGGGAACUUGGGGCUGUCCUUCCCCCUUUGCCUCACCCCCUGGGGUCUCUCUCUGUCGAGGGGGUGGUGGUUUGGUGACCAGCAGGCUGGCUUCCAACCAGCUAAUGAGUUCAGUGGGUCUGAGGCCGGGGCCCGCGUGUCAGCCCCAAUACUCCAUCCCAACACCGUGGAAAUAUUGCCGUCCUCUUCUUGGCGCUGACCCCAAAGAUUGGGGUUUCCUUUCUGCCACUCCCUCCAGUGUUGUUUAUCUCACUGGGCCCCAGGAGCCCGGGUCCUGGAGGGACUGCGCUCACCAUGCAGACCUGGCUCGCUGCAGGCUCCCUGGCUGGGAAGAGCCAGUUGCCAGGGUGCAGGGGGAGGGGCAGGUGAAGUGUGGCGGGCUGAGUCCCUCAGUCCUUUCUCUAAACCCUGCAGCCUCCCAGCAGCCUGCUCACCUGGGUUCUGGGCAGGUACUCCCUUUAGAGAGUGACAUGCCAUGAAGGUGGCAUUAAAACUGGCCAGGGUGGGUGAUUAAGUGGAGAGAGCAUGAGAUAGACCUGGGUGACAAUGGGAAACUCUGGAAGCAGGGAGGCAGCAAGAGUCAAGGGCCGUGGAGGGUAGAGUGAAAGGCCCUGUAAAGGUGGGGUGUCUGUCGGGAGGGGCCUUUGCCUUCCCCGGACCUGUGGGGAGGAAUGGGGUGUGCUUGUCCCUCGCAUACACCUCUGCAGGGCUGGGGACAUCACAACCCCCAGCUGGAGAAAUACUCAAUUCCAAUGGCAGGAAUUCUCAAAAUCUUGCCUGGUCCCUCCAUCUUUCUGUAUCCCAUGAGCUGAAGCCCUGCUGUGUGUCCCAGGGUCUUCAAAGGGGAAUCCUGCCAGCACCCCAGGGAGCUGGCCCUAUGUUCUGUUUCCCCAAAAGCUCUUGACACCGCCUUCUCUCCCCAUGCCCAUCCCCACCAACUCCACCCUGCUGUGCUUUGGUGUGCAUGUCUGUGAACAACCCCCGUGCCCUGUCAACUCCCCUAGCUAAAGUUUCCCCAGCAGAUUUAGCACCCAGGGAUUGAGCUCACAUUUCAGGCUAGAGAGGAUAACCCUUGGGCCAUUCACCCCUGUUGCUUCUUUUGUCCCCUGAGCCAUCAGAACUCUUUCCUUCCCUUCAGCCCCUCCCAUCUUCCUCCAGCCCAGCCAGGCCAGUGGGCGUGGCCUCCACCUAUGCAACAUGGCCUCUGGCUCCCCUCCCCUCCUUCCCAGGGGGAAUGUGAGGGCCCAGAUUGGAGGGACACCACGGCCUAUGGCUCAUCAGGGAGUUGAGCUUUACUUCCACCUAGAGAGAUGGCUGAGUGAGGAGGGAGAGGAGGCUUGGGGAGGAGGAACAGCUGCCCACCAGGUUUUCCUGGGCAGCAGUGCCUACCUGCCUGCCAGCACUGAGCCUGGACCCUGGGUCUGUGCUCCGGGCCCAGCAGUUGGAGCACCCCUCUUUCCUCUGAACAUACAUCUGUGAGGUGCAGGUGGCGAGCUGUGGCUUCAGGCCCCAGUCCUUGGCCAGCUGGCACCUGGAUGUCAUGUCCAGUGUGGGGGCAGCCCCACCACCUCAUGGCUCCAAGGACGGAGGGACUUGGCUGCUGCAGGCCUGUUCCUGCAACAGCCUGGCUUCGGAAGUGGGGAAGGGGGGGCCCCUGUUAUUAUUUUUGCCUGUAUUGACCAUUUCUGCCUAGGUCUUCUCACACAAACAGCCUCAGCUCCCACACACGCACAGACUUAGAGAGAAACCAAUUCUUUGGUCUAUUUUCUUGGUAGCUUUAUUGAUUGCCAGGGAAAAUGAAAACCAGAAAAUUAAUUAAUCUCUAAAAUUAAACUUUACACUGAAUGUUCUUGUUUCUCUAAUUAGAACCUCUGCUAGCAGCUGUGGCUACAUACACACACUCACACACACCCUCACACCUACACGUUUGCACUCUGGAACUGUCAGAGGGUGUCAGGCACAGACAGACUCUAGGUUGCCCAGACAGGCACACACAUGCAGUCACUCCCAAGUCCCCUUUGGUGCUCUGCUCAGCGCCUGCUUGUUGGAAGGAAUCCCUGGAGAACAGACACUCCUUGAUCCACCCUUUGGGGACACAGGUCUGGAGGUUCUGGGCCACUCAGCCCAGGGAGGGUGGGGAUGGGGCUCAGCCUGAAUCCAUCAGGUCCUCCUGUGCCCCGUAGGCUGAUGUGGUUCCUGUGGGUGUGCGCCCAGGGUGGGCAGCCACACAGCGAUGGGGACUCAUGGAGGGCUCCUGGAAGGCUCCAUGUGUCCUGGGGGUAAGGGCUUGUGGGCUGGGCUGGGCCUGGCUGGGGAGAAGACAGGUCUCUGUCAACUGGGUGCAUCACACUGUGGCCUUUCUGUUGUGGAUUUCCAAGCGCAAAGAUUGUACAAAUCAAACUGGUGGAUAAUAAAGAUGUGGAUGACUCACUGAC